GCUAUAGAGCUCGAGAGUUGCAAAUGUAAAUGUAAAUGUUUCUUUUUUUGGUGAAUGUCAAUUAAGUAAUGAUUAAUGUGCAAUAUGUGACACAGUUUUGAUAUAGGUAUUAAUUGAAGCGCCAAUUAUCAGUUGUAAUUUCAGUGCUCGCCAUCUCUUCAAGCCAUCCCCAGGUCCCCAGGAGGAAUCUAAGCAAGAAUUAUUUUACGUCAAACAUGUCGAAAGUAAAGGAACGUGGUUUGUUUGUCAUGAUAUUUAAGGAUUUCAUAAGAUCUAUAACACCGAAAUUUCCAAAACACACGCUUGUUGGAGUGGACUAUUUUGGGACCAAGUAUUAUGAAAUCGAAAGAACAGAAUCUGCUCAUAAAAAGCCCAACCGCUAUUUUGUACCCAAAGAAAAAGAUAAUUUUGAACAGGAAAUGCCAGCUGAGUGGGAAGCUUGGUUGAGACAUCGCAGAAGGGUAGCACCCACCGAGGAAGAGGUAAGUGCCAACUACCAGAUGAUAUUAACUAAGAGGGAAAACGCGGCGAAACUUGAGGAAAAGUAUGCCAGUGAAACCGAGGUUCUUGAAAUCGUGGAUCCUAAUGUAAAACCUCUUAAUCAGCAUGCUUCAAUUGGCUUUCCAGCUUAUGAUGAAUAUAAACAGUUUGGUCAGAAUUACAAACCAAAAAUUAAAAAAGAACAUUGAUUAGUUAGUUUUUGAAUUGUAUAGAUAGAUGUUUAUUGUAUCAUAGAUGUUUAUUUAGUUAUUGGUAUUAUUUAAGUACUGCUUUGAGAUUGGGUAGAUUAUGAAUAAAUUAAAUGAUUUAUUUUCAACUAA